AUGGGUACACUUGUUAAUGCUUUCGAGAUACACGACCGUCCAGAGAAGAUCAACUUGGGCUUCACAAGACACGAGACCAUUGACUAUUUUGAGACACCACCGUGGUGCUUCAAGUGUCAGCGCUAUGGACAUGUGACCGAGUACUACCGAGGCGUGCUCGUAUUCUGGUCACCGUUCCACGACCCUCGGGUUCACGAAAGCGCCCCGGCGGGUGUCCACGUGACCACCGUGCGAGCGCUAGACGAGUCGGCACCCGGUAAGCCCGUCGCCUACAGCCUGCUGGACGUCAAGGACUCCAGCUUCUUCCACUUGAACCACAUCACGGGAAAUUUGACGACAGCGCGACCCAUCAACCGAAAGGUCGGCGAUAAGUAUGAGGUAAUCGUGGCUGCCGUGAGCCAGGGUGUGACCGAGGUGAAGACGAUGCAGAUCGAGGUGACCGUGCCAAACCAGUACCCGCCCCGGUUCGAGCACCCGGUAUAUCACGCCGAGGUCCACCAGACCCGCACCCGUCCCGGGUACCGGGUACUUCAGGUGCGCGCCCAUGACCCGGACCCGGUGCCCUACAACGCCGAGGUGUACUACCGCCUCGAGGCCGGACCGGAGUCUACGAGGGCGCUCAGGUACCUCGCCCUGGACGGCAUCACGGGCGAAGUGAUGCUGAACAGAAGUCUUGUCGAUGUGGCCGACUCCACGAUCGCAUUCACCGUCAUCGCCGAAGACGGUGGCUCCCCCAAGCAACAAGACCGGGCCCGCGUCGAAAUCCUCGUGAAGACCAUAUCUGAUCCCCAGAAUACGCGCGCCGUUGUAGUGAACGAGACAAGCGUGCGCAUCUGCUGGCAGCGACCCCUCUACGGCAACGUGUCCGGCUACGUGGUCAAGUACCGGGCGACAUCGGAGAACGUCACCUCAUACGUCAACGUGACUACGGGCGCCGCCGACAAGUGCGUUCCGGUGCUCAAGUUGCGGCCCUGGACAGACUAUGAGUACCGCGUGUACGCCUGGAACGGCCGCGAAGAGGGCAUCGGCAGUCCCGUCGACCGAUUCGCCACGCGCAUCGACUACUGCCUGAUGAACGUCUGCAAACACGGCUCGUGCGAGGCCACGGAUGCACGCCCCGGUUACCGAUGCGUGUGCGACCCGGGCUUCUACGGGGAGGCGUGCGAGCACUUCGACCCGUGCUCCGAGAAUCCGUGCAAGACUUUCGGCACGUGCGUCAACACGGGUCACGGCGAGUACCGCUGCGACUGCUUCACGGGUUUCUCGGGUCGCAACUGCUCGGACUUCAACCCGUGUCUGCUCAAGCCUUCCGCUUGCCUCCACGGCGGCGUGUGCCAGUCCAACGCGUCGCACAUGUUCACCUGCCUAUGCGUGGACGGCUACUACGGCAAGACGUGUCACCAGUUCGACCCGUGCUUCUCGUCUCCUUGCCUGCAUGGCGCCCGCUGCCUGAACGAGUCGGAUGUGAAGUUCAGCUGCCAGUGCCUGCAGGGAUACGCGGGAAAUGUUUGCGAGCAGAACAUCAACGAGUGCCUCUCAAGUCCGUGCAAAAACCGCGGUGAAUGCGAGGACGGCAUCAACAGCUUCACCUGCCGCUGCCCUCCGGGCUACGGUGGCCCCCUAUGCGAGCUCAGAGGCUAUUUUUGCCACAGUACCCGAGGGCUCCAAUGA